AUGAACGACGCUUCUUCUUUGUCGUCAACGUUGCCGUCUUCAACCACUCCUCCUGAGUCGUCAGCAGUAGCGCACCGUAAACGUCGGUCAAAACAUUGCCGUAUCAAUAUCAAUACCCCGCCGAUGCUGUCCCUAUUUCUGCUGGCAACCCUCCUUAUAUUCACCGUCCCUGCCCGCGCUGUUCUAAUAAACACUUUCGAUAACUGCCUACGGAGGGAUGUAAGGUUGUCGCCAACCCAUCUCCAGUUUCACCCCUUAUUAGUUGCAGUAUCAUUUUCUUUGGACGACCCAGAUAAGGUUUUGACUGUUAGGGUCUGGGGAAAUGUUACGGGGGAAUCAUCUGCAAACCCAUCAAUUUCUCGGAGGGAUCUUUUCGUUGAGGGGGAUGCGCUUUACCGACCACGAAGUGAAGAAGGAUGGUCAUGGUGGGAGAAACGACAGGAUGCAACCACAGUGGUGAGUGCCAAAGUUAAUGAUUACGAGACCAACGGGACAAUUGUGGAUAAGGAUGCCUCAUGGAGUAGAUAUGCCACCACUUUCAAAAGCACAAUCGGGAUUGCAUCUUUCUCAGCAUUGGACGAUAUAGCAUUUUUCUGCGCGGAUAGUUCACAUGGAUCAGCGGCAAGUAUAGGUGCCACCUGCCCAAUGGGCAACGUCAAAUUAUCAAAUCAGACAGAUUACAAUAAUAUAACACUGCUUAUGAAUGAAUUGGAUUCAUUUACCUAUAAUACAACUUUGAUAUCAGCAUAUCGUUUUGCGACGCUUGAUACCAAGUUCACAAUCAUUUCUGGGGACAACUCAGCAACAACCGUAGGAUGUGUACAUAUCGAGAUCACCCCUCUGUUGGGGACCGGCAUUAGUGCAGCCAUAACCUGGGUACCUGCGGGUUUACUGGCUCUAGUCGCACUAGGGACCGUCCUUGCAGCGAUACUAAAUCCAUGGGUAGGAACAGUGGAUAUAUUCAGGUGGAGCAGUAAUUUCGGAAUGGACGAGGAUAUGAUUCGUUUAGUUACACCUGGAUUCGCAGACUGCCUACAGUGGUUGCAGUUUUUUGUUCUGACGGGCAGUUUGUCAUUGAACUACCCAGGCUUUUAUCAACCUACAAUUGCAAGGCUAGCCUGGAGUUCGUUGCUAUUCAAUACCAGUUUUUUUACCCACGAACCGAUCAGUGAUCAGAGUUGGUCUGGAGAUGGCAUCUACGCCCUAGAUGCCGCUGCCUAUGGGCUUGAGAGGAUAGCCCAGGCUGUCGGAUUACAGGAUGUUAAUGAUAUCUGGGUCUGUAUGGCGGCAUGGUUCGCAGUAGUGGCUGUUGGUACUAUAAUAGUUGUGCAGGUGUGGUUUGGAUCUAGAUGGGUUAUAAGGACAAUUCGAGGAGUAGAGGAAGAGGAUUUGACGCAAAAAAAUGUUCCAUUUACCUUGGGCUUGAUCAACCGGAUCACAUUCACCUACUUUCUAACACCCAUUCUUGCAAUCUCAGCCUUUCAAAUCACGGUUGCCAGUCAUACCAGCACUGCGGUUGUAGCAUGUGCGGGCGUAACUAUCUUUGUCGUUUUAACCACCGCAAUCGCUCUUACAAUCCGCAUCUGGAACCACCAACCCCGGUCAACUCUUUUUGACAAUCUUCCUACGUUACUAACAUUCGGAACAUUCUACAAUACUUACCGUGAAAAGAACCUGAAAUUCUUCAUUGUACAGCUCUAUGUUAAUAUAGUUCGAGCUCUUGCAUUCGGUGCUUUACAGCCGAGUGGGAUAGCGCAGAUUACAAUCCUUGCCAUCUGUGAAAUUGUACUCGUUCUCACUAUUUAUGGGAUCAAGCCCUACGCACCAGCAACAUCAAUGAAUGCCUGGCAAGCAAUCUUUGCAAUGAUCAGGUUACUAACUAUAUUACUAAUGAUGGCAUUCGUGCCAAGUAUGGACGCCGGUGGUGCAGCAAGGGCAUGGAUAGGCUAUGUCAUUUUAGUUAUACAUGCCUUAGUGCUCAUAUUUGGGUUCUUCUUCAUGGCUGUGCAGACCAUGCUGGAGUUGUUCAUCCGCGGUUGUGGUGGUGCAGACGAUGGUGAAGCUGCUAGAGGAGGACUUGCUAAAGUUUUCGGAAUGCGCCAACUUUCACGUCGUAAACACAAAAGCCACCACGGUUCAAUUGACCCCAGCAUCAUGACAGCUAGUGCUCAUGAGGAACGCAAUAUGUCCAGUAUGGGUCAUAAUCGACCGGGUAUGGGCCCUCACUCAAGGUCUGACAGUUCAGCCGUAUUGCUUGGACCUGGGAUGGUUCCUGCAUCAUUGGGCCGUGGUGAUGUCGGGCAUGCGCACUCAGGAAGCGGAAGUACAAGCUUUACACCAACGACUCCAGGGGGCGCCAGUCAGUACUCAUAUCUUGGAACAGGUCCUGGGAUUCCGCUAGGAAUAGACACAAGUGGUGUAGCCGGGCCUUAUUAUCGUCCCCCUAGAGCGAAGGGUCUACAGCAACGGGCAAAUGGGGAGGGAAGUGCAAGCGAUAACUAUUCGCCUGGUGCACGCAGCAGAGGUAGUUGGGCUAGUGAAGGGUGGCCUGCAGGAGCCGGGAUAGCUGGGAAGCACCGAGGAUCUCAGCAGAGCUCUCAUGGAAGUCACAGUAUUUACAAUAAUAAGGAAGGAAUCACCAAUGCCACCGGCGCACAGUCUGGCCCAGGAACACCGCGUGAAAGCGCUGGAAUGGAUAUGGGCGGGUUCCCGACCGGACCUACUAUUCAAGGGUUAGCACACAGACACACGGAUUCAUCAUUAACUGGGAGCGCUAGGGCCCAGCCUGAUUACGCAGUAAGAGAAGGAGACUUUUAUUAUGGCGUUCGCGGCCCCGCUUUGUCAAACCAGCCCGCAAGGAGAUUGGGUACUGGACCGGCAGAUCCAACAGGGCCUGUUUCAAAUGCAAAGGGAUGGUUGUGGCGGAAGUUGGGGUUGGGAGUGAAAGAAGAUAAAGGUUUCACUGUUGUGAGGAGUAGUAGAGCUCCCGAGGAGCUAUUGGACGCUGAGAGAGAGGCAAAGGGUAUUGGGAUGGCGAUUAGUGCCGAUGCACCUCUAAGAGCGCAGGGUGAUGAAAGCGAGAGUGAGGGAAGUGAUGUGGAGAGUGGGGACGAGGAAGCUGAAAAUGGCGAGAAGGGGGUAGGAAAGCGACGGGCCGCCGGUCCAGCUCCUGAUACGGAUACCGAGGACGAGGAGGAAAACCUUGACUCCAGUACGCCGGGUCCUAGCACAAGGAUGCUGGAAAAGCAGCCAAUGUUCGAUGACACAGAUGGGGCUGGCAUAGAACUCAUGCGACAAGGAAGCCUCAAACCUCAGGUGCCACGGAAAUCUUCAAAACGCAAAACAGCCAGCUUGCUAGUUUCACCGGUUUUGACGAGUCAACUCCAGCACCAACUAUCGCAACAUAACACGGCAGACGAUGAACCGGACAGCCCCAUAAUGAUUCGAAAACCAGACCAGCCCUAUGACCCGCAUUUCUCGCCUUCCAGCUCUACAUCGAACCGAUACAAUAUCCCAGACCCGCAACAGCUCCAUCCAUUACGGCACAAGCAAAACCUCUCUGUCGGGUCAUCUACACGGCUUCCAUUUACCAGUCCAAGUAGGGAUGCAAGUAGCGCACACUCGCGAUCAGUGAGCACCAACAGCAGCAUUCUAGCACCGCCGCAUUUGCCCACGGAAGACGAACCUGGGAGCAGACCAGCAAGCGUGGGGACGGUACAAAGAUAUCGGAUGGAAGACAGUCUCCGGACUGUACCAAACGAAGAAGGUGACUAUUUGGGAAGCCAAGCAGAACUAGUGGAGCAGAGUCGCAGUGCAAGCAUGGGGAGUCAGAUCACUAGGAGAGAAUCUCAGAUGAGUCGGAAGGGUGUUUAG